GAAACUGUGUGAAACUCGAGUGAACAUAGAGCGGGCGACAGAAUCCGUGUCUCAGUGUUAGCAGCAGCAGCAGCAUGGCGGCGGCGGCAGAGGGAGAGGAGGCGACCGUGUCUCUGGUGGAUGUUCUCGAGGAAGAUGAGGAACUGGAGCAGGAAGCCUCGGCUGUGCUCGCGGGCAGCGACUCGGAGAAGUGUUCGUAUCCGGAGGGGUACGUGAAGCGUCAGGCUCUGUAUGCGUGUAACACCUGCACACCAAAGGGAGGAGAACCAGCAGGAAUCUGUCUCGCCUGUUCAUACAAGUGUCAUGAAGGUCACGAACUGUUCGAGCUCUACACCAAGAGGAAUUUCCGGUGUGACUGUGGGAAUGAGAAGUUUGGGGAGAUGGAGUGCAGGUUGUUCCCAGAGAAAGAGAAGACUAACUGCGGGAAUAAAUACAGUCACAAUUUCUUUGGGCUGUACUGCACGUGUGAGAGGCCGUACCCCGACCCCGAGGAUGAGGUUGCCGAUGAGAUGAUCCAGUGUGUGGUGUGUGAGGACUGGCUGCAUGGCCGGCACUUGGGCUGUGUUGUCCCGGAGUGUGUGGAGCCUCAGGAGAUGAUCUGCGAGUCCUGCAUGAAUAAAUCUCCGUUCCUCUGGACCUACGCUGCUCAGCUCGCCGUGCCUCCUACAGUGAAAGUGUGUAAAGAAGAGGAGGACAGUGCGAGAGUGGAGGUGGAGCAUGAUGAUGAGGAGAAUAAAACAGAGGUGAAGAGCUCGCUGAAUGAAAAGGUGGAGGUGUGUGAGCAGGUGGAGGUGAACGGGACGGCCGGCUGUAAGAGGAAACUGCAGGAGCUGGAGGCUGAGGGUUCAGGGUGCAGGUUUGAGGAGAUGAAGUGUUCGGGGAAGAGCCGGGUUCAGCAGGGAGCCGUGUUCUGGCCUGAAGCGUGGCGCACUAAACUCUGUUCCUGUCACCACUGUAAGAGCGUGUUUGCGGAGGGCGGAGUGUCCUUCCUGUUGGACGAGACAGACACGGUGCUCGCCUACGAGAACAAGGGCAAAACCACGGAGCAGGCGAACGGGGGCGAGGCUCGAGACCCGCUCAUGUCUGCACUCGACAACCUGAACCACGUUCAGCAGCUCGAGAUCAUUCACGAGUAUAACGACAUGAAGACGGAGCUGAAGGAUUACCUACAGAGGUUUGCAGCAGAGGGAAAGGUCGUGACCCCGGAAGACAUCCGUCGCUUCUUUGAACAGCAGCAGAGUCGUAAAAGACGGAGAGCCAACGCCGGUCAGUUCUACUGCAGCUAAAGCCCCCUCCACCCCGACGUCCACACCCGCGCUCCUUUUGUAAUAAAUAUAAAUACGCAGACGUGAAGGUUUUGAGAUUAGAAGUCUGGUGGGCGAGGUCGACCCCAGAGAGGCGGAGCAGUUCAGCACACGGAGAAACAGCAGGACGUACACCAGGCUGAAGCCCCGGGGGUUUAACACGCCUCUCACGUCUCACGUCUCCGCCUCGUCUCCUGCUUGGUCGUGACCGUAUCGGGGCGUUGUUAUAAACACGUUCCGAGCGGGCCGCUCCCGUUUGUGUUGGCUUUAUUUUGUGUUUGUCGUAGUGAUUUUAUCAGCGCUGUUUUAUCUGAACUUGCGUUACUUUGUAAAUGUAUCUUUGAGAAAUUAAACAUAUUAAUACUUUCAACCUGAGAGACGUUUUUCUUUCCUUCAG